GAGACCAGCUACCCCAGGCUUAGCCAUCGGUGGUUUCAUCUCCUCCGCCAAGUUCGAUUUUGUCCGUUUCCAACCUGGCAGCAUGUAGUGUCCAAUGUUCCCCUCGAUACACGAUGCAUCGGUAUACGUAACACGUACUCAAACCAGCACAGCUUGUUCGGUGUUAUUCCUUAUACUAGUUGAAUCGGGGUAACCAUGGAUUAUUCCACCUUCAUCAUUCUCACUAUAUUUGCUACUGCAUCUAAUUUUUUUAUAGAUAUAAUGGAUUCCGAACACGAGGACUCUGGUGGUGAGUGCUCAUUUGAAGAAGACGCCAACAAUCCGGCCACGGAUAUCGAAAACGUGGAGCCUGCGGAUAUCGGCGACAUCGAAGAUGAGAAUCUGGCUGUAGAUGUUUCCGUGGCCGACCGGAAAGAUGAAGACUCUACCACCGGUCUACAAAAGCCUUCUCGUUUCCCCUUAUCACGCGUUAAGGCCAUAGCGAAAAUAGUACCCUCAGUCAACCUUAUCAAUACAGAAGCUCUUCUAUUGAUAGAACGGGCUUGCGAACGAUUUGUACGGGAGUUUUGCAAUGACAUCCAUCGCGUUACCUUAGAGACAGGGAAGAAGACAGUCUCUCGUUUAAAUGUGGACACAGUGGUUCGCCACAUGUCACAAUACGAAUUUCUUGAUGGCAUGCUCGAUUGAUAUCAUUCUUUUCGUGCUUACGAGAUUACAAAUAUUUUUCU